UUUUUGUGUCGACCUCAGGAGCAGAAGAUCUGCCAGCGCUACGACCAGCUGAUGGAGGCCUGGGAGAAGAAGGUGGAGCGCAUGGAGAACAACCCCCGACGCAAAGCCAAGGAGAGCAGGACCCGAGAGUACUACGAACGGCAGUUCCCUGAGAUCCGCAAGCAGAGGGAGCAGCAGGAGCGCUUCCAGAGAGUCGGACAGAGGGGGACGGGCCUGUCUGCCACCAUCGCCAGGAGCGAGCACGAGAUUUCAGAGAUCAUCGACGGUCUGUCCGAGCAGGAGAAUAAUGAGAAGCAGAUGCGCCAGCUGUCCGUCAUCCCUCCUAUGAUGUACGACUCGGAGCAGCGCAGGGUGAAGUUCAUCAACAUGAACGGGCUGAUGGACGACCCCAUGAAGGUCUACAAGUCCAGACAGUUUAUGAACGUGUGGACCGAGCACGAGAAGGAGAUCUUCAAGGAGAAGUUCGUCCAACACCCCAAGAACUUCGGUCUGAUCGCCUCCUAUUUGGAGAGAAAGUGUGUGGCAGACUGUGUCCUCUAUUACUAUCUGACCAAGAAGAACCACAACUAUAAGACACUGGUGAGAAGAAACUACGGACGCAGACGGAGAGGAAACCAGCAAAUCCCACGUCCCUCACAUGAAGACAAGUCAGACGAGAAGAACGAAGAGGACAAAACUGAAAAGUCCGAUAAAAAAGAGGACGAGGAAAAGAAGGACGAGGAAGAGAAAGAUGAGAAGGAGGAGUCCAGGGACAUCGGCAAGGACAAAGACAAAUGUGACGGCGGGGAGGACGACGACGGAAAGGAGCAAAACACGCCGCGUGGCAGGAAGACCGCCAACAGCCAAGGCCGCCGUAAAGGAAGGAUUACCACGCGCUCUAUGGCCAACGAGGCCGCGUCCGUGGCGUCCGAGGAGGCCCCGCCCCCCGCCCCCGAGCCUCCGCUGGUGGACCCUCCCCAGCUCCCCAAAGCCGACCCUGCGCAGAAGGGCCUGAAGGAGCCCACCAAGCCCCAGACGCCGCUGGGCUCCAUGGACGCCAGUAAAGCUGGUUCCGCUGAAACCGGAGAAACUUCUCGCUGGACCGAGGAGGAGAUGGAGAUCGCCAAAAAAGGGCUCGUCGAACAUGGGCGCAACUGGACCGCCAUCGCCAAAAUGGUGGGAACCAAAAGUGAAGCGCAGUGUAAGAACUUCUACUUCAACUACAAGAGACGCCACAACCUGGACAACCUGCUGCAGCAGCACAAGCAGGAUUCCCGGCGGGCCCGUGCUGAUAGGCCUGAAGGUGAAGGUCUGGCCACAGCAUCACCUGAUGAUGAUGAAGACAACGCAGAUGACAGCGAAGGUGGCGACAACAGCUCAGAUACAGAGAGCGCCCCAUCCCCCUCUCAGGCCGACGCCCCCAAGUCAGGUGACUGUAAAAGAGCGGACGGCGCUGCCACGGGGGACGCUGUGUCCUUGGACCAGGACAAAGGUCUGGCCAGCGCCAACGGGAAGGCCUCGGAGGCGUCCUACGGCCAACUCUGUGUCAAGGAGGAGAAGAGCCCUGAGAGCGAGAGCGCGUCCCAGGAGGACAAAGUGCGGGCGGCGUCCUACAGCGUCCACCCCAAAACGGAGCCGCAGGACGUGGACGUGAAGGCCGCGGACAUCCAGGUGAAGGUGGAGCCGGAGGUCAAGGACAGAGGAGACAAAGGGGACGGAGGAGACAGGCAGAGGGAGCUGCACUCAGAGGACGACGACUCCAGUGCCACCUGCAGCGCCGACGAGGACGUGGAGGCGGAGCCUGACAGGCAGAGGAUCUACUCCAUGGAGAAGCCGUCUCUGCUCAGUCCUCCGUCCUCCGUCCUGGUUUCUUCACCCAAACAAACUCAGCUGAACAUCCAGCAGCUGCACCAGCGGGCGGCCACCAUCCCCCCCAUGGUGUCCGGUCCGUUCGGCCCUGGCUCCGUCUCCAUCAGUGGCUUUGCCAUGCUGCAGCACCAGAUUAAGGCGGUGCACGAGUCUGCGCAUCAGGAGGACAAACAGCGGCAGGACCAGGACCUGGAGCGGAGACCCCCCUUCAACACUCGCAGCCCCACCAUCCUGGACCGGGACGUCCUCCACCCGCCCAACCAGCUGGUCCAGAACAUGGCCGACGGGGUCCGGGUGACCUUCAGCAGACCCAGUCGCCCCCCCAACAUUCCCUCUCCUCCUCCACUCAUUCCAACCACCAAACCCACGGACAAGCCCUCCUUCAUCCAAGGGGGGUCCAUUUCCCAGGGGACCCCCGGUACGUACCUGCCGUCCCACGCCGUCUACGGCCCCGAGGGGACCAAGAGUUCUGCCGGGUCCAUUUCACUGGGUCUGCCCAGACAGCAGGACCCCAACAAACCUGGGGCUGCAGUUCCAUCCCUUCAGGACACUCGGGGGAACCCUGCGAAGGUGGGCGAGGGUCUGCCAUACAGAGGAUCCAUCACUCAUGGCACCCCUGCCCUCCCCCAGUCCAGCAUUGCCGCCGACCUGUUGAAGGGAACCAUUGCCAAACUGGCCACGGAGGAUCUGAGUGGACCGGACAAGGCCAGGAUCAUCUAUGAAGGAAAGAGUGGACACAUCCUGUCCUACGACGCCAUUAAAAACCCACGAGAAAACACCCGAAGCCCCAGAACCGGCCACGAGCUGAAGCGGACCUUCGACAUGAUGGAGGGGGCGCCCAUGGGCCGGGGCCACCCGGGCCGGGAGGGGGCACUGUUUGAGGGUCUGAUCAGCAGAGCCAGAGAAGGUCUCCAUGGCGACAAGGAACGACCAUUAAUCACCGGAUCCAUCAUGCAGGGGACUCCGAGAACCUCAGCUGAGGCCUACGAAGACACCCUUAAAUACGGGAAGCAGAUCAAGCGUGAGAGCCCACCCAUCCGCUCGCUGGAGGGCGGCAUCGUCAAAGGGAAGCCCUACGACGGCGUCAACACCAUCAAAGAGAUGGGACGCUCCAUCCACGAAAUCCCCCGCCAGGACCAGUCGGCCCAGGACUGCUGCAAGACGCCGGAGCUGCCGGAGCGCCGGGGGAUGGAAGGACCCAUGUCUCAGAUUCACCCCAACAUUAAACACAACGUCAAGUCCCUGAUCACCAGCCCGUCCAAGCUGCCCCACGCCAUGCCCCAGCUGGAGGCCAUGGAGCGGGCCAAGUACGAGGAUGGUGCCAAAGCGGUGCGCCACACCUCUGUGGUCAAUUCCACCGCCUCCGUCCUGCGUUCCACCCACCAGGAGGCCAAGGCCCAGCUCAGCCCAGGCAUGUAUGAGGACACCAACGCCCGCAGGACGCCCGUCAACUACAGCACCAACCCAGUGUCCAGGGGCUCCCCCAUGUUAGGACGAGCUGCAGAAGGUUCUAAGUCGGUUCAACAUGAAAGGAAGAGUUCAAUGACACCCACUCAGAGGGACUGUAUCCCAGCCAAGUCUCCAGUGUUGGGGGGCGACCCCGUGGCGUCCCACAGCCCCUUUGACCCCCACCACCGGCCCGUGGUUCCUGGGGAGGUGUACCGAGGCCACCUGCCCCCCCACCUGGACCCCCUGACCUUCCACCGGGUCCUGGAUCCGGCGGCGUUCAUGUUUCCCCGCCAACCGUCGCCCACCGGUUACCACAACACCUACCAGCUGUACACCAUGGAGAACACGCGGCAGACCAUCCUCAAUGACUACAUCACCUCCCAGCAGAUGCAGGUCAUCCCUCGGCCCGAUGUGGCCCGAGGCUUGUCGCCACGGGAACAGCCGGUCGCCAUCCCGUUCCCGGCGGGAGCUCGAGGGAUUAUUGAUCUAGCCCAGAUGCCUCCAACUCUCCUGUUGCCUCACCCUGGGGGAACAGGUACUCCCACUUUGGAACGCGUCGCCUACCUCCCUGGAGCUCAGCCCCCUUUCCCUCCUAGGGCUUUCAACCCAUCCUCCAUUCCGCCAGGACAUCCGGCCCAUCUCGCCGCUGCCAGCGCAGAGCGAGAGAGGGAGCGAGAGAGGGAGCAUCAGGAGAAGGAGAGAGAGAAGGAACGAGAACGGGAGCAGAGAGAACGAGAACUGAGAGAACGAGAACGAGUCAGUGAAUACAUGAGAGGAGGUCCAGAACAGCCGGGUCGACCCGGGAGUCGAGGAUACCUGCACUCCCCCUCCCCCUCCCUCCGGACCCAGGACGUGGUGGUCCAACAGAGACCCAGCAUUUUCCCUGGGAAGAGCGUCAUCACCUCUCUGAUACCACAUGCGGCGGCGGUGACGGCAGCUCAGAGCGCUUCUCCAUACAGCACGGCCGCUGACGCGCUGGCGGCUCUGGUGGACGCCGCGGCGUCCGCCCCCCAGAUGGACGUGGCAAAGGCCAAGGAGGGCAAACAUGAACAGGACGACGAUGCUGCGGCACGGCGAGCAGCCGGCGUUUCCGAGCAGCAGGAGGCGGAGCGCAGGCCCAUGCACUCCCCGUACGGUGCCAUGUCUCUGCCCGGAGGGAAGCCCCACCCCGUGUACUCGGACGGAGCCGGCGCCAAAGACAAGGGCCCCCCCUGCUCCAAGUCCCGCAUCGAGGAGGAGCUGCGGACCCGAGGGAAGACCACCAUCACCGCCGCCAACUUCAUCGACGUCAUCAUCACACGGCAGAUCGCCUCCGACAAAGACUCCAGGGAGCGAGGGUCCCAGAGCUCCGACUCCUCCAGCAGCUUGUCGUCCAGUCGGUAUGAAACCCCCGGUGGUGGUGGCGGAGGCGGAGCCAUUGAGGUCAUCAGUCCUGCCGGGUCUCCGGUCCAGAACCAGGAGGACAAAGUGGAGGAGGGGCCUCAGCAGACGGCAGCUGGCGUGCGAGCCUACGACAUGAGCCGCUACCGCCCUCAGGGGGAGGGGCCGCUGCAGCUGCCCGGGGCCCCCCAGCCCGAGUACCCCGCCAAGACCCACACCCGCUUCAUGACCCUGGCGGACCACAUCUCGCACAUCAUAACCCAGGACUUCGCCCGGAACCAGGAGCCUCCUCCUCCCGUCUCCUCGGCGCCGUCCUCUACAUUCCAGAACGUGGGACCACCAGUGUCCACGGGUCGAGCCAAGGGUCCCAGCCGCUACAGUCCAGAGAACCAGAACCAGGUCCAGGUCCAGGCCCCGCACCACCAGAGACCCCCCAGCAGGGUGUCCCCGGAGAACCCCCCCGACAAGCCCCGGAACAGACCUGGUAAAUCCCCGGAGCGGGGGCGGCCCAUGGACUCGUACGAGCCCAUCUCUCCGCCCCAGAGUUACCAGGGGCUGGACAAAGGCGAGGCCGGAGCUCCGCCCCCCCAACGGCGAGAGGCCGACAACUCUGACAUCAGGGGGGACUCGCGGUCCCCAGGCAGCGUCAGCUACCUGCCCUCCUUCUUCACCAAACUGGAGAACACCUCCCCCAUGGUCCGCUCCAAGAAGCAGGAGAUCUUCCGUAAGUUGAACUCCACCUCUGGUGUCGGUGAUUCAGAUGUUGGAAACGCUCAACCAGGAACAGAGAUCUUCAACCUUCCUGCCGUCACCAGCUCCAGCAGCGUCAACCCCAGGAACCACUCGUUCAACGACCCGGCCAGUAACCUGGGUCUGGAGGACAUCAUCCGCAAGGCGCUAAUGGGGAACCUGGAGGAGAGGCAGGACGAGCACCAGGGCAACGCCCCCGGCGCAGACCCCCGCCAGGAAGCCAGCCCCUCCCCCGGCAUGGGGAAGCAGAAGCUGCAGAACAAAAGCGGCAGCCGCAAGUCCAAGUCCCCCAGCCUGGGCCCGGCGUACGGCGGCGGCGAGCGCCCGUCCUCUGUGUCGUCGGUCCACUCGGAGGGCGACUACCACCGGCAGGCUCCAGCGCAGACGCAGUGGAGCUGGGAGGACCGCCCCUCGUCCACAGGGUCGAUGCAGUUCCCGUACAACCCCCUGACCAUGCGCAUCCUCAGCAGCACGCCGCCCACCUCUAUGGCAUCGUCCUCCAUCCAGAGUCAGCAGGCUCCGCCCCUGGGCGGGGCCGCGGUGGCCCAGCAGCGGGUGUGGCCGUCCCUGCUGUCGGAGCAGUACGAGACGCUGUCUGACAGCGACGACUGAACUGCCGCCGCCUCCUCGGAUGGAAUUGAGGCCCCGCCCCCUUUUCCCAGAACUGAUCUCUGCUCUGUGGCGAGUCUGCAUGGUAGAGGGGGCGGAGUCAUUUUUACUUUUGGUGCUACGGCGCCCCCUGGCCGUUAGCUCUGAGCCCCAGUGGCAGCCGAAGAUGGGCGGGGUCGACCCGCACCGGCCCCGCCCCUCGGGGAAGGAAACGACACGAGCUAAAGAUGAAGAAGUUGCCGUAAACGGUGCCGGCGUGGGACUGUGUGGCGCCGCGCCUGCUCGUUCCCCAUCAGAUGUAAAUAGAUUCUUUUGCAGUGUUUCUAAACGGAGGCUUUUCGGAUUUUAAUGUUGCUUUUUAAUUGAUCCACUUCGACGGGACGUGAAGGGGCGGAAACUUCUAAGACCACAGUGGCCACGCCCCAUGGACCACAGCGGCGCUCAGUGGGCGGUGACCUGUGGUUUGUACUUGAUGGCGAGCAGACCGGAGGCUGAGAGGACGCCACAACACGGAAACCUGAAGAUCGGACACCGAACGCCGCCUUCAGGUCGAGUCCGUUUCAGCUGCGAACGCUGGUGUCGCAGCAGGAGGCGGAGUCUGAUAGCAGGAGGCGGAGUCUGAUGUAAGCUCCUGAUGACUACUUCAGGGCCCGUCG